CUACUAAAGCCGCAAAUUUAAUUUAUUGAAAUGAAACAAUUGUUCGCAAAUGAACACGUCUUUUCUUUGUGCUCUUUGUUUUCCUUUGAUCGUGUAGUGAUGUGGCUCAAAACGUACCAGUGAAAUUCGAGAAAUUUUGUAGGUCGCUACGUUCCUUUGUGUUCAUGUAGAAGCUUUAUCAAAUCAGUUAAAAAGCAAUCUCCAACAUCAAAUUAUCCUCAACAAUCACAGUUUGAAGAAGCCAACCAACAUAAUGGCAGCCAAUAACGUUCAUUCUACGCCUAUUCAACCUAAAUAUGUCCUCCGAAACCCCCUGGAAGUUGAUAACAACACCAAGAGUAUCCAAUUGAUCCGAAUCAAAGACAAUGAAUCCUUCCUCGGCUUUCCCAUCCCCGACGAAAAGGUCUCAACCCAUAAAAACCCAGAAUGGAAAACAAGUCUCGCCUCGGCCAUCCUCCCCCUAGCCGGAGUCCCCAUCUCCCGCAUCCUCAACCAUCCAAAUAUCAUCGGUCUCGUCGACAUAAUCCACACAGACUCCCUCGCGGGAUCUACCAAGCACGCAGGCAUAACAUCCAACAUAGCCGUCUACGAAGACAUGAACCAAGGCUCUCUCGACCUCAUUCUCCCCAACCCAGAAAACUACCCCAAAUUCAACGAUCUCCCUGCCUGGCGCGCCCUCGCAACUCCAAAUCCGAACCGCUUUUCUCUCCCUGAGAGCUUAUGCUGGCAUGUCUUGUCGAAUAUUAAUAAAGCCCUCUUGUGGUUACAUACUGGAGUUAAACAAACGGAUUCAAAAGAUGAUUGGCAGAAACAUGAUGAUGAUUGGCAGCCGAUACUGAUUCGGGAAGUGAGUCCAAAGCAGAUAUGGUUUAAGAGGGCAGGUGGGGGAGCAACAUAUGGGGAGUGUAAGUUAGGUGGGUUUGGAAAGGCGGUCGUUACGGGGUUUCCUGGGGGAAAUGUAGCGAAGAGUGAGAGGAAGGAGGGAAUGGAGUGGUGGUUUCAACCUCCGGUUUGUUUUUGACAUUUUUUACUUUUUACUUUCAUGUUUCUUUAAAUAAUAAAUCUAUUAUAUUCAAUCCUAUACUAACAAUAACAACCAAAAAUAAAGGAACAACUAGCCGGAACCGAAAGCUGGGGACCCCCCUCAGAAAUCUGGUCACUAGGCGCCACAGUCUUCACAAUGAUGACCGGGAUUCCUCCAGCCCAACAAUUGGACUAUUAUUACGUCAUGUCGAGAUUGAGCGAUAAGACAUAUACGCGCGGACUUAAAGAAAUCGUAAGCGCGAUGUUGAAGGUUCGUAGCGUGGAUCGUCCUACUACGGCGCAGUUGGUGGGGAGAAUCGAACAGGGUUGGGAAGAGUGGAGGGAGUCGGAUGAUGCGAUUGGGUAUGUGGAUUGGAGGGAUAGGAGUAGGGGGAAGGAGGUUAAUUUGCAGGGGGAGGUGGAGGAGAAGGGGAGGCCAGGUUGGGGGGUUGUUUAGUGUGUUCACGUGGGGAUUUGGGGCUCGGGGUGCUUUGUAUGAUUUUGAUCAAAGAGGGGGAUUCUGGGUUUAUGUUUUAGGUUGGGAUUGCAUUUCUUUGCUCUUAUUGAAUUCUUGCCACGUACAUGUUAAAACGUUCUCUAUAAUCUAUACGUUUUUCUCCUGAUAGGUGAAAUGCAGUAUACUCCUCUCACUUAUCCCCAUCACAUCAUUUCCCCUUCCAAAACACAUCUCUCAAUUCCUCCACCAUAUAAGUAAUCGUCUGGGCCCCCUGUUUCAACACCCCAUCCAUAGCCACUGUAAAUCACCCGU